AACAGACACCUGGCUUUUGGAGGGCGUCGGGGUCACGUGGCUGCCCUUGACUGGAUCACAAAGAAGCUCAUGUGUGAGAUCAACGUCAUGGAGGCAGUGCGGGACAUCCGAUUUCUACAUUCCGAGGCGCUGCUCGCGGUUGCUCAGAACCGCUGGCUGCACAUCUACGACAACCAGGGCAUUGAGCUCCACUGUGUCCGCCGCUGUGACCGAGUGACUCGGCUUGAGUUCCUGCCUUUCCACUUCCUCCUGGCUACCGCUUCCGAGACAGGGUUUCUGACCUACCUGGACGUGUCAGUGGGGAAGAUCGUGGCAGCUCUAAAUGCUCGGGCCGGUCGGCUGGACGUCAUGGCUCAGAAUCCUUACAAUGCUGUCAUCCACCUCGGACACAGCAACGGCACCGUGUCUUUAUGGAGUCCAACUGUGAAGGAGCCACUGGCGAAGAUUCUCUGUCACCGCGGUGGGGUCCGUGCUGUGGCAGUGGAUUCCACAGGCACGUAAGUCACUUAUUUGGGGAUGAGGGGUCAGUCCCAGUUGGGCAGAGACGUAUAGAAGGCAACAUACCAUUAGGACAGACUGCAGCCAGGCUGCCUAGGUUCAAGUCUUGAUGUUACCAGUGACCAGCCGUGUGUAAGUGUGAGUACGAUACAUAAGCUCGGUGUGCCCCAGUUCAAGUGGGGAUGUGAGUGUCCAGCUGAAGAGUCAGCAAACAGUUCCUGAGAAGUUAGGUAGUGGGC